AUCCAAUGUCUCCUCCGCAUACUCCUGCCUCUUCCGACAUUGAAGUGGCCGAGGAAGUCUCUCCUACGAAAUCUAAUGUCCCUCUCAAAGACGCGCCCCUUCUAUCGCUGGAAGAUGCUCAGGCUCCUCUAACUUCCCGUUCAGCCUCUCCUAAUCGAAGCAUUCCCCAAACCAUGCAUCGACCUACAAAUCACCUUAACAGACGUCGCUCACGAGCCAAAUCUGAUCCUGCAACUCCUUCGGUAGGAUUGAAGAAACCUCUUCCCACCGAGUCUCCUGUAUCUGCGAAUCCCAAACUGAGCCCUUCGACCGUUGGGACGUCCAGUGCAGCAACCCCCACGAUGACGGUACCUACUAUGUCAGCUCCCUUCAUCAAUGCCGAGAUGAUUUCCUUGUCGGGGCAUUCCCCUCAGCCUUGGAAGCAUUCAUCCCUGCCACCGCCCCAUGCAUCUUACUUCCCUACCUUCGUUCCUUACAUGAACCCCUCCGAGGGAAGCUUGUCUUCUCAACAAGGAAACGGCGGCUCUAGCCCUCUCCCACCACUCCAGCCCACUGGUUUCGUUCAAAAUGAGCAAGGAAUGCUCAUUCCCCUUUAUAGGAAUGAGGCAUUGAAUCAAUACAUGGCCGCUACUUCGCACCGCUCCCCAACCGAGUCCAAUGGGGCGACUUAUUGGAACCAUCCACCUCCUUGGCAGCCCCCACCUCCUUGGCUCCCUCAGCAAGCUAUCACGCAUCAUAUCCCGUCCGUACCUACUGCAACCCAAUUACUUCCGGGGUACCCUUUGGCAGGGUACACCAUCGAUGCUGAAAGUAUGAGUCGCUCGCCUUCUCAAGCAUCCAACCGUCAGCAUCACUCAAGCACGCCUAAUUCUCAUAAUAUGUCCGCAGUGCCAACCGCUUCCCAAUAUCCUACGCCGAAACUUGAACCAGCUCAACCAGCCUUAAUUACUUCCGGUUCCCAAGCCGCUUCCCUUCAGACGCCUGGCCGAGGGCGGGCUCGAAAUAGUCAUCAUAACGUGAAGUCUUCUCGAGGUUCUUAUCAUCCUCAUAAUAUCGGCUCCGAUGCCCGAAUGAGUGGUCACGGACCUACAUUCCAACAAAUGGCUGAAGGCAAGCUCGUGAGUACGUUUUCACCACAUGGAAAUCAGGGUCGUCCUCCGUCCGCGAACACAAACUCUGCAGAGGUUAUUGGCCGACCAUACCCCCCAAUGUAUGGAUAUCCACAAUUCUAUGACCAAUACAUCACUCCUUUCCCUCCUCCGACCCAUUAUCCUCUCCCACAGCAUGUGCAGGCGCCUUCAGGAUACCCCAGGGGGCCUUCGAUGCAGUCCCAGUGGACAGCACUCCCUUCCGCAUACGAGAAUAUCUGAUGGGUCUGGGUAACCUUUCUACAAAUGAUUUGCGCGAAAAAGUAACAUCACGAAUGUUGCUCGCGUUUAAGCUAGCACCGCGCCGUUCUCCGGCCGGGUAGUUCGUCGUGCUACGCUUUCGCUUUCGCUUCUCUUCUUCUGUUUGAGUAGUAGAAAUAUUCACCUUCUUCCGAUUCUCAGAACACUCGAUUCCCCGUUCGUUCCGCUUUUCUUGUAACUCGGCUUCUCAUCCCGAACCUCUAUAUGCCCGUCUGAAGAAUCUUCUUGUGAAAUCGUGUGUUCAUAGUCCCUAUGUCCCGAACUAUACUUACCCAUCACACCGCCACCUGUCGAUCGCACGCCAUAUUAUCCGAUCGUUCCCAGCGGUGCUCACCCCAUUUUCAUACCAUUCAUCGUCAUAUCUUCCUUUCUGAAUGUAACCCUGUUACAUUUUGUACCUAUCAAUGCAGUAAAUG